AUGGACACUCCCUCUUCCCUUUCCACCGACGAGAUGAAUCGUUUCAGCAGUAGGCUGGCGUUCUUUGGAAAUGACUUUCCCAGCGGAAAUAUCGCAGACCUCUUCCGUCGUCUACACCGGUGGUCCAAGGACAAAAGGUUCCAUUUCCUAGCGUUUUUCUUGGACGAAUGUGUGUCGACCAUCAAUGACGAGGUGAUCCUGCUCUCACAGUCUGUCCCAGCUCAAUUGAUUCGCAUUCAAACCAUCAUGGGUCUGGUCGACGGCUGGGAAGCCAACCGCCUUGCGCCAGUUGGGGGGCGAUUGAGACCGCCCUUCUCUGCAUACUACAAGUCGGCGUCCUUAUCGGAUAGGAACAGACACCACGAAGCAACGAACCAGAAAUAUGACCUGGCGGAGACAGGCACGACUCUGAGUGGCUUGAGUAUUGGGCUUCUCUCGGCUGCGGCAGUAGCUGUCUCCACCUCUCUCUCCGAUCUGGCUUGCUAUGGAGUAGAAAGUGUGCGGAUUGCGUUUAGAAUGGGCAUUCAUGUUGACGGAGUGUCGCAAUAUCUUGAGUCCUGCGAACCAGAUAGUAGCCCCAAAAGCUGGGCAUACGUUGUUACUGGAGUUUCCGCAGAAAACGUGCAGCAAGAGCUUGAUAGAUUCAACAGGGACACUAUGAGCCCAGAACUUAUGAAAGUGUUUAUCAGCGCCGCUGAUGCCAACUCCGUCAGUAUAACAGGUCCUCCCUCUCGCCUGAUCAAUGCUUUUCACCACUCCCCUGUGCUGCGAUAUUCAAAGCAUAUGGCUCUUCCCGUUUACAAUGGUCUGUGUCACGCUGCCCAUCUCUACACGCCGCAGAGUGCUCGGACUAUCGUCGCUAUCCCCGAAGAAAAGGCCUCGGCUUCGGUUCACCUACCGGUUUUAUCGGCGACAACGGGAAAACCACUCGUAGCUACCAAAUCAAGGCAGCUGUGGGAGGAGAUUGUCAUGGAAAUUCUCACCCGCGGAAUCUACCUCGACAAUCUGACCGCGGGGGUGAUACGGCAGUUGUCAGUAGUUAGAUCCCCUGAAAUAGAGGUCAUCACUCUGCGAACAUCUUUAAUUGCCCAGGGGCUGUUAUCGUCUAUUCAGUCUAGUCUGCCUGAUGUCACUCUUCGAAAGACUGACAUUGUUGACUGGUGCCUCACUGAAGAGCCGGACUUUUUCCCGAGUGCUCCCCGCUCUCCGCAUCAAUCGAAGCUCGCGAUAGUCGGUAUGGCCUGUCGACUCCCCGGAGGUGCCAAUGACUUGGAGCUGUUUUGGAAGUUAAUUGAAGAGGGGCGGGAUGUUCAUACUCGUAUUCCUGCGGACCGCUUCGAUAUUGACACUCAUUACGAUCCGACUGGCGACACUCCCAACACCACACAAACACCAUUUGGAAAUUUCCUCAAUUUUCCAGGAAUGUUCGAUGCAAACUUCUUCAACAUGUCUCCCCGCGAGGCUGAGCAAACCGAUCCAAUGCACCGGCUUGCGCUAGUGACUGCCUAUGAAGCGCUUGAAAUGGCUGGAUUUGCACCCAAUCGUACUCCAUCAACUUGUCUGCGCCGUAUCGGUACCUACUUUGGACAAGCCAGCGAUGACUGGCGAGAACUAAACGCCGGCAUGAACAUCGGUACCUAUGCCGUCCCAGGAGGCGAGCGAGCCUUUGCAAACGGACGCAUCAAUUAUUUCUUCAAGUUUUCCGGUCCAAGCUUUAAUAUUGACACGGCGUGUUCCAGUGGUCUGGCCGCUGUCAACGCCGCGUGCAGCGCAUUGUGGGCUGGUGAAGCGGAUACUGUCAUUGCAGGCGGGCUGAACGUUAUUACCAAUCCUGACAACUUUGCUAUGCUCUGCAGGGGACAUUUCUUAUCCAAGACGGGUCAAUGCAAGGUCUGGGAUAAGGAUGCAGACGGCUAUUGUCGAGCAGAUGGUAUCGGUUCAGUGGUCAUCAAGCGCCUCGAAGAUGCCGUCGCGGACAACGACAACAUAAUUGCAACUAUUGAUGCCGCCUUUACCAAUCAAUCGGCAGAUGCGAUAUCUAUUACUCAUCCGCAUGCCGAGUCUCAGCAAGAAAACUAUCAACAAGUCAUGCAAGCUGCCGGUAUCAACCCGGUCGCUGUCAGUUAUGUUGAGCUCCAUGGGACCGGCACCCAAGCUGGUGAUUCGGUGGAGUCCGAAUCGGUGGUGGGAGUCUUUGCAAAUGCCAAAUUGCGUCGGCACACACCAUUAUUGAUGGCUUCCGUCAAGUCAAAUAUUGGUCACGGAGAAGCUGCAGCCGGCGUCGCCUCCUUAAUCAAAAUGCUGCUCAUGUAUCAGAAAAACAUGAUUCCACCGCACGUUGGUAUCAAAACUGAGAUUAAUCCAGUUGUCGCCAAGAACCUCGAGCGAGGAAAGGCUCGUCUAGCUUUGGAAAAAACCCCAUGGCCACGAAUUGGUGAUAAGAAGCGCUUUGCGCUCGUGAACAGCUUUGGAGCACACGGCGGCAAUACAACACUGCUUCUUGAGGACGCACCAAAACACGUCCGCAUUGGAAAUGACCCUCGCCCUACUCAUGUCAUCUCUCUGUCUGCCAAGAGCAAAUUGUCACUCAAUGGAAAUAUUGAGGCAUUGCUGGCUUACCUCGAUCAAAAUCCUGAUACUGAUCUUGGUGAUUUAGCCUACACUACGUGUGUUCGUCGGAUCCAUCAUCACACUCGGGUUGCAGUUGCGGCGUCCAGCAUUGCACAACUUCAAAAAUCUUUGGAUGGCAUCAUUUCUGGGGAUGCCGUGAGCACGCUUCGACCUGUCUCCGGCUCAUAUGUAUCUGUCCCAUUCACAUUCACUGGCCAGGGUGCCUUCUAUUCGGCCAUGGGUAGGGAUUUGUAUGAAGCCUUUCCCAUCUAUCAUGCUGCGAUCCAUGAGCUAGACCAUCUUGCGCAGUGUCUAGGCUUUCCUUCCAUCAUUGCUGCCAUCGACGGUACCCUCGAAGACGGGAAGUGUGGGUCGCCACUUGUUACACAGCUGGCAAUUCUCAUCAGUGAGAUUUGCUUGGUUCGGUUCUGGGCUUCUCUGGGUAUUACCCCCAGUGUAGUUAUUGGGCAUAGCCUGGGAGAAUAUGCCGCCCUGGUAACAGCGGAUGUCCUCUCUGCUGCAGAUGCCAUCUUUCUAGUCGGCAAACGAGCCGAACUACUUCUCGAUUCAUGCCAGCUAGGCAGUCAUUCUAUGCUAGCUGUCCGUGCCUCUGCGGAGCAGAUCAAGAAACUCACGCCCACAGAUAUGCCCUUCGAGCUCAGCUGCAUGAAUGCGGUGGAAAGCACUGUCCUUGGUGGCUCUCAAGAUAAUAUUCAGGCUAUUCGCGCCAUCUUGGAGAACGAGAGUCUCAAGUGCACUCUGCUUGAUGUUCCAUUUGCAUUCCACACAGCCCAAAUGGAUCCCAUUCUAGAGGCCUUCGAACGAGUCACUCAGCAAGUGACAUUCCGCACGCCCAGUGUUCCGAUUCUUUCGCCUCUCUUGGCACACGGAAUCUUCGAUGGGAAGACGGUGAAUGGCCAAUAUCUUUGCCGUGCAACGCGUGAAGCGGUUCGUUUCUGUGAUGCCUUGGAUGCUGGUCGAGAAUUGGGUGUUGUACCGGAGAACGCGACUUUUAUUGAGAUUGGCCCACACCCUGUCAACGGCCCGUUCAUCAAAUCUCGAAUGCCACAGGCUCGGAUCUUGGCUUCUCUGCGCAAGAACGAGAACAAUUUCACGACCAUGGCUAGCUCGUUGGCCACUUUGCACACCGACGGAUUCCCAAUUGAUUGGAAUUCGUACUUCCAGCCAUUUGAGAAGGCACACUUUCUUCUACCCAUCCCAAAGUAUUGUUGGAAUGAAAAGAACUAUUGGAUUCAAUAUACCGGUACUUGGACACUGGACAAGGCUUACCCUAAGGGCAGCCGACCAGACACAGUCUCUUCAACCCAAGGGUCUGCCCUGCGGACUUCGUCUGUCCACCGCAUCAUCUCUGAGGAUAUAGGUGGCACUAUUGCAACCAUGGCUGCCAUGUCAGACAUCAUGGAUCCCGAAUUCCGUGCCGCAGUGGAUGGGCACAACAUGAAUGGUUACGGUGUAGCCACUUCGUCUCUUUGGGGUGACAUGGCCAUGACCAUCGGUGAAUACCUAUACAAGAAGCUCCUUCCUCAAACCCGUGACGUCCACAUGGAUGUUUCCAAUCUGGAGGUCCUUCACGCACAAGUAGCACAUACCGAUAAGAGUCGGGCUCAAUUACUCCAGAUAGAGGCAACCCUUAAUCUUCAGUCAAAAGAGAUGCCGAUUCAGUGGUUCACUGUUUCCAGUGACGGCAAGCGUGCGGCGGAACCCUAUGCUUCGGCUACGGUCAACUUCGCUGAUCCUGCUGAGUGGCGCAAAGAAUGGGAUCGAGUAACGCAUCUAGUCAACGGCCGAAUCGAAUCUUUGUCUGCAAAGGCCCUCAAUGGGGCUGCAAAUCGUCUGUCUCGAAAUAUGGCCUAUACUCUAUUCAAGAAUGUGGUUGAUUACAACGACCACUACCGUGGCAUGCAGUCGGUAGUGCUAGACGGCAUGGAAGCCUGCUCGGAGAUCAUCCUGAGCCCCGACCGACAUGGCACUUGGCACACGCCUCCCCACUGGAUCGACAGUAUCUUCCAUAUUGGAGGAUUUGUGCUCAAUGGCAGUGACGCGUCCAACACCAAGGACUACUUCUAUGUCACCCCUGGCUGGGGUAGUUGCCGCAUCAUUCAGCCUCUGGUGGCUGGUGGCCGAUACCGCAGCUAUGUUCGCAUGGCACCCAUCGAGGAGAAAAAUAUGUAUGCCGGCGACGUAUAUGUGCUCCAGGGGGGGGAAGUGGUCGCCAUGAUGGGCGAGAUGAAAUUCCGCCGCGUACCUCGCGUGUUGAUGAACCAGUUUUUCUCCCCGAGCGAUGCUACCUCGUCCAAGGUGCCUGUGCCUGCUACUGCCCUGGUUGUUAAUCCAAAAGUGCCAUCAGCAAGUGUGCCCGCUGCAGCUGCAACUGCCGCUCCUUCGCGCGGCCCCGCUGUAAGCACCAGCCCGGCUCCUCAGGAAACGACGCUUGGCCCUAGUGCGCCUGCACCCACGGAAUCCGCAGAACCAGCUUCGCCGGAAAGCCCAAUUAUUACUGACUGCCUUAAGAUUAUCGCGCGUGAGACUGGGUUGGACCCUAGUGAGCUUACUGAUAGCGCGUCUUUUGUCGAGCUUGGUGUGGACUCCCUUAUGUCGCUUGUUUUGUCGGAGAAGUUCAAGGCGGAGCUUAAUUUAGAGGUGAAGAGUUCUGUUUUUAUUGAGUGCCCAAAUAUCGGGGAAUUGAAGGGCUGGUUGGAUCAGUGA